AUGAGACUGUCCUACCGCAUCGGGGCGGCCGCCCUCCUUGUCACGCUCGUCUUCCUUGUUGGGCGCCUCUUCAACUUCGGUUCCCAGGUACCACGCCCACGGACGCCCUGGGUCUUUAACGUCGGUAGCAGGCCAGAUCCUACCGAACUUGCUUCAUGGAAAUCGCGAUGGUCCACAGCAGAGUCGGGGGUCAACCCGCAGAAUUACGAUUCAACGCCCAUCAUCGUCCCCAAUGACCGAAUUAUCGUGAUGGCCAAACUGGCCGCGGAGGAUACAAACUGGGUCAGCGCCGAUCUCACAGAUUGGCGGAACUACAUCUACGUCGUCGACGACCCGAACGCGCCCCGUCACACGCCCAUGAAUAAAGGCCGCGAGGCCCUCGCAUACCUCCAGUAUAUUGUUGAGCAUUAUGACGACCUUCCUUCUACAAUGGUAUUUAUCCACAGCCACCGCGAUGGCUGGCCCGGUGCCUGGCACACGGACACCAUGGACUACAGCAACGUGGAGUCGGUCCGGUCGUUACAAAUCGACUUUGUGCAGCGCAACGGUUACGCCAAUCUUCGGUGCCAGGAAACGCCCGGCUGCCCCGACGAGAUCAGGCCGUUCCGCGACCCGCCGCGACCGGGAAAGACCGCGGAGAAGUACUACGCGGAUGCGUGGAAGGCGCUGUUUGGAAACACCAACGUCCCCGAGGUUGUUGCCGCCCCGUGCUGCUCGCAGUUCGCGGUGUCGCGCGACCAGGUGCUGAAGCGGCCGCUGAGCGAUUACCAGCGAUACUACAAUUGGGUGCUGACGAACGAUCUCCCGGAUGACAUAACCUCGCGAAUAAUGGAGUAUACAUGGCAUAUUAUUUUUGGACAAGAGGCUGUCUACUGCCCCGACGUCUUCCAGUGUUACCAGGACGUCUACGGCGACCCCUCCUUCUGGUGAUUCUUGUACAUACUUAGACCACCGCUUAUCUUUUUCUGACGACGACAUACGUGAUUAUCUUCUUCUGCCGGCCAAAGCCAGGCGCUUGUUGUAUAUUAAUCGGACUUGCAUUAGGGUGCUUAUUUAUAUCAUAGACUUCAAAGCAG